ACCUUACUACUUGCAAUGAAUCUCCAUGUCCAAAUGUAUGGUACACUGGCAGGUGGUCUAAGUGUCGACCUUGUGGAAUGAGUAAACGAAAUCGCACAGUAUUAUGUAUGAAUAGUAACAUGACAAGAGAACUUAAUCCAAGUGAAUGCCCAGGAGAGAAACCUUCCAUAAUUUCAGAAUGCCCGAAAUCUUUAUGUAUAUCCAACAGAUGGUUCAAAAGUUCUUGGGGAAAGUGCAACGUCACUUGCGGACAUGGUUUCCAAAUGCGAAUGGUGGAAUGUCGUUCAUUAAAGAGAGAACCCAGCGAUCUAUGUUUAGAAAAUACAAAACCGUCUAUUUUAAGAGCAUGUUACAUCCCUUGUAAGAAAGAAGAAUGUACAGAUGCCAAUAAAGUAGGAUAUUGUCAACUGGUAGUAAAAUUACAAUUUUGCAAUCGACAUUACUUUAGUAAAAUGUGUUGUAAGUCCUGUUCUCAAAAAAAACUCAUCCAAUAA